AUGUUGCAACAUGGUGUAUCUGACAUAGUCGCUGGCUUCCAGCGUCUCUCCCACGGGGAUGGCAACCCAUUUGAUGGGCGAGGUGGGGUUCUGGCACACGCUUUUGCUCCACAAGAUGGAAGAAUGCACUUGGAUGCAGAUGAAAGGUGGAGCACUACAGGGAUAUCACCAACCAUUGAUCUUGAAACUGUUUGUUUGCAUGAACUUGGUCACAAUCUGGGGCUUGGACACAGUAACGAUCCUAACGCGGUUAUGGCACCCACAUAUGCAGGGGUACGACGGAAUCUAAGACAAGAUGAUAAGGAUGGUUUAAACAAUCUAUAUGGGUUUUAA